UUUUAGAGUCUUAAUCCAUCUUUUGAAACAAGAUAAGCAAUAACAAUAUGUUCCCCAAGUGACAUCUUAAGCUCAGCCUGUUUUCGAGAAACAAAACAACACCAUCCCCAUCAUUCGACGAAGGAAGGCACACUGCACCCAAGGCGACGAAUAUAAGACCGAAUUGAUUUCUGGCAGCAAGUGUGGAUGACGGAGAACGCAAUCCGAAAGCUUCGACUGACUUCGUAAAAAAAAUAAUAAUCUUGGAUAAUGUAUACGCUUUCAAAGUUGUCUUUUGUUCAACGAUUUAGGCAAUUGAUUUUAAAAUUGUCCGAAUUCAGAGUUUUCGACAUGGCUAACGUCAUCGAGAAUGCGCCACAGCCCAGUACAAAGGACUGUACCUUAUACAUGUUUCGAGGGAUUAAAAUUAUUGGCUACCUCUCAACAGAUAAAUACAAAAUUUUAUACUACCUAUGGUCUAUAAUCGUGAAUUUCUUUGUAACCUUGUAUAUGCCAGUUGGAUUUCUUACAAGUUUCAUACUACGUCUGGACACCUAUACGGCUAGUGGCUUUUUUACAGCUCUGCAAAUAUGGGUCAAUUGCAUUGGCUGCUCUCUGAAAAUGCUUGCGUUUUUCUUUCUAUACAAACGCCUUCUGGCAUCUACUGAGUAUAUGGACAAAUUAGAUGUUAGAGUAACCGCGACUUCGGAUAAGUGGCAAAUUCGAAAAAUUGUUGCAUUAUCCAAUAGAGCUUUGACCUUAUACGCCACCCUAUACUUAUCCUACGCCAGCAGUACUUUCUGGUCAGCAGUAAUAAAAGGCAAGCCACCUUAUCAAGUCUACAAUCCGCUCUUCGAGUGGUCCGGCAAUACCCGAAACUUCGCAUUUCACGCUGCUAUAGAGUACGCUCUCAUCUGUUUUCAUUGUUUGCAACAAGCCUUAUUGGACUCCUAUCCUAUAGUUUAUAUAACGAUUUUAAGAACGCAUUUAAACAUUUUGUCGCGUCGCAUCUCCUCGCUGGGAAACGAUUCUACCAUGAACAAUUGUCAGCGGUAUGAAGCCUUGGUGCAGUGCGUCCUAGAUCACAAGAAUAUAAUGGGACUUUACAAUAUCUUCUCUCCCGUUAUAUCUGGAACAAUGUUUGUGCAAUUUCUUAUUAUUGGCAUCAUUUUGGGCAUCACCACUCUUCAUAUAUUUCUCUAUGCCGAUGCGCUAGCCGUGGUAGCCUCCCUAUUUUACGUGGCCUCCAUUUUGGCUGAAACAUUUCCUUGCAGUUUUCUAGCCAAUAGUCUUGUGGACGACAGUGCCGCCCUUUCGCAUGCAAUCUUUCAUUCGGCCUGGCACAAUGAGGAACCCCGAUACAAGCAAAUGCUCUGCUUUUUCCUGCAACAUUCCCAGAAGACUAUGCAGCUCACGGCCAUGAAGAUAUUUCCAAUUACACUCAAUUCCAACAUAAACGUUGUCAAAUUCGCAUUCUCCGUCUAUACUAUGAUGAAACAAAUGGGAUUUGGUGCAAAUCUCACAUCGGGCCUGGGAAUAGAAUCGUAGUUUAUGCGAUAUGCGAUGACGGCAGAUAUGAGCUAUAAAACCAUUUACGAUUAUGAUAUGGAUUAUCAAAUAUUUAAAUUUAAAUUCAUAUUCGUAGCCACUUGCUACUUCCCACUCCCCCUUCCUCCUUCCCCCUUCAGCACUAUGCACAUGUUGUAGGUUUCGUAGAAAUUUUUACCACACCGAAGAUACUCAUAAAAGUCAAACACCAAACAAGUUAAAUAAAAAUCUUUUCCCUCGAACAAGAAAACGAAAUAAAAAUUUUGAAAAAAAAAUA